AUGGGCGCCGCUGCCUCAACAGCUCCACCACCCCGUGAGGUGCUCUCGCAGGAGCAAUGGGCGCGAAUGCGCUGUGCUUGGUUCAAGAUGUUUGCGGAAGAAGACUUCAAGCCUCGCAGCAUUAUCCAGUUUAUGUGCAAGCAGACCAAGACGGUGAAGUAUGGCUCAGUCGACCGGAUCAUCGACCCAAAUUCAGCUUUCAUUAAGAUUGCUGAAGGAGUCUUCAUGGAGCUGAAGAAGAAAGACAUGAUUUGGUCCUUGGUUCCGGACACAUGCAUGAGCAAGGCAAAGGCAGCCAUCUCCUUUACCAUGGACGUCAGCAGGAUUCUGGAGCUAACGUCUGUGGAGGGUGUGAAGCUGGUUGUCACCUCGGCGGCCGCCGAAGGCCUCGUUGGUGCCGCGUCCGUUACCAGUGGUUUGGCAUCGCUUGGCGGAGGAACUGUUGCAACCGGUGGAAUGGGCAUGAUGGGUGGCAUCUUCAUAGUAGCCGCCACACCAUCCAUGCUCACGGCUCACACCAUCUACAAGCUUUGCGAUGCCAUGGAGAAUAACUCGGUGACGCCGACCAUAGUUGCCAUGGGUGGUGUGGGAGGGGCUGUGGCAGGAUCCACUAUUGGAGUGAUCAUGGUGGCUGAAAGCGGAGCUGUGGUAGGACUGUCGGCCUCUGGAAUCACCAGCGGUUUGGCAGCUUUGGGCGGUGGCAGUGUGGCAUCCGGUGGUUUGGGCAUGCUGGGCGGCGUGGCCGCAGUGGCUACAGGCGCCGCGUUGGUCGCAGGUGCAGUGGGAGGUACUGUGUGGUUGGUGUCCCACCAGAUAGUGCAAGGGAAGUUGGCAGAGCAAAGGGUCGCGAUGCUGGACAUGGCAGUGAAGAACGGCUUCAAAAACCUGAUUGGUGAACUUGCAGGGUGA